CGAUUACACGACCGAUUAAACGGAAUCUCGGCGGAGUUUUUAGAACAGGUCAGAAGCUUAGGCGAAAUUCUUGUUUUCGAGAGUCUUUUAGUUAGUAUUACAUUGGAGUUGAGAUUGAGUCUAAGGAACAAGAAGAUUAAUAUGGAUGGAAAGGGGACGAAAUCUGGUUUCAAGAGAGGAUCUAAGAUUGCACAGUUUGACGAUGAUGCUGAUGAUGACGAACCUAUCAGAUCCCUCUUAAAGGUUAUGAAGCAUAAAAGUGCCAGGAAGAAUAAGGCUGAGACGGAAAGUGUUGGUAAACAGCGCCAGAAACAAGCCGUGGAGAAGAAAUUGAGUGCUGUAUACAAGGAUUCUGAAGAUAUGGAUGAUACCUUAGCCAGUUUUAGGAAGAGAUUGAAGGGGCACAAGAAAAAUGUUGGAUCAGGAAUCUCUAGGGUUAGGAACCACAGGGAUGUUCCUCGUAUUGAUACUGUGACAAAUUCUGAUUUGAAGUUGAGUGAGGUCGGCCACGAUAUGGUUGACGAUGCAUCUGAGCUUGGCGUCGAUGGUACUGUGAAGGAGAAGUGCUUGGAUGAUGUCUAUAAACCCAAGGUUAAAUCAAGAACAAGAUCAACAAUUGAUUCUACCGAGGUUGGUGCUGAAUCGUCUGGCUCGAAGCCAUUGGCUGUCAAGAAGAUGGUUGAAUCAUCAGCUGAGAAUAUGGAUUGCAUCUCCGAAAACGGUGCUUCUAAUGGCAAGAAUGAGGCAGACUCUCCCGUUCAUGAUAAAGUUGAAAUCCCCAUGACAGUAUCCAGCGAGAAGGAAGCAGAUGACUUUCGUCAAUUUCCGGAUGAGGAAUCCAAGAGACCACUGCCAAAUGUCGAUGGCGAAGUUUAUCCUCCUCUUGCUAGAAAAGAAGUUGCAGUUAUUUCUCCUGAUCCAAAAUUAGAGUCUGGUUAUUUCCGAGAGAGAAAAAUAGUGAAGUGUGAUUGUGGCGUCCAAGUUAAUUUUGAGGACUGUUACUUUGAGCCUAAUACUCAGGUUGCUAUCUGUCAGAAGUGCAAGUAUGCUUCUAGUGGAGGUGGUAUUCAAGUUAAUCCUCUCACAGAUGGAACUGCUGAAGCUUCCCCGGUUUCAGUAACUCCCUGCGAAGAUGAAAGUUUCCGGGGUGAUGCAAAUUCCAGGAAGCCAUCGACCUUGCAACGUCCAGAGCGCAUUGUUAGAAAGCGUAAGCUUGGAAACAUGGUGUAUGAUGGAGAUAUGAAUUGGGAGAAUGAGCAAGGCUUUCUGGAUUGUCAAAGUGACAAGUCCUUUAGAGGAAGCGACAAAUGUGAUUUCGCUCCGUAUAUUUCCAAGGAAACUGAACUUGGUAGAGCAGCUGCGGUGACAGCUGGACUUAAAGCCCAGUCUGUAAGUCCAAUUGAGAAGAUUAUACUCAAAGAGGUGUUGAAGCGCAAAGGUAGCCAUCAGGAGUACCUAGUCUGCAGGAAUUCUAUCUUAGGUCUGUGGAGUAAAAAUGUCAGGCGAAUCUUACCUGUCACUGAGUGUGGUGUUGCCAGUGGCCCUUCUGAGAGUGAAUUGCCUUCAGCUUCACUUAUCAGAGAGGUCUAUAAGUUUCUUGAUCAGAGAGGUUAUAUAAAUUCUGGGAUUUCAUCUUUGAGGGGGAAGGGGGGAUCUUCAACUUAUCAAGAUGGUGAUCUCUUCCAGGGGAAAAAGGUUGAAGAAAGUUCUAUGGCUUCUGUUGCAGAGUCUGAAGACGGAGUUGCUUUUAUCCUUGGUCAGGUCAAACCCGUUGAAUCGACUAGUGAGACUAAGAAAUGUGCUCUCCAAAAUGAUGAACCGGAAGUAGGAUGUGCGACCUCAGCAAUGGUGGGAACUACUAGCAAAACAUGCGAAGCAAGCAUUAUUGACGAUUGCAAACAAUCUGUCAACCUACAUGUAUUACCAGCGGAUGCUACUGUCGACAAGCACCCUGAAACAAUUUCAGUACCGAAGCCUGCUUUGUCUAGUACACUGUCCUCUGCAAAUAGUAAUCAUACGAGAGGAAGGGAGUCUGUUCAAUGUGAGGUUGAAGAUGAGAAAAAAGUAAUAGUUAUUGGAGCGGGUCCUGCUGGAUUAACAGCAGCACGUCAUUUGCAGCGCCAAGGUUUUUCCGUCACUGUUCUUGAAGCAAGGAGUAGAGUAGGUGGUCGUGUAUUUACAGACCGGUCGUCACUUUCAGUUCCUGUGGAUCUGGGGGCUAGCAUAAUUACAGGCAUUGAAGCUGAUGUGCCAUCUGAAAGAAUGCCAGAUCCUUCGGCAUUGGUCUGUAACCAAUUAGGUCUGGAGUUGAGUGUGUUGCAUGGAUUCUGCCCUCUUUAUGAUACUGUAACAGGGAAAAAGGUUCCUCCAGAAUUAGAUGAUGCUCUACAAGCAGAGUUCAACAGUCUGAUUGAUGAUGUGGAUUUGCUUGUUGAAGAAAUAGGCAAGGAAAGAGCAAAUAAAAUGUCGCUUGAGGAUGGUCUAGAAUAUGGCCUCCAGCGGCUGAGGAUGCCACACGACAAGGUGAACAUUGAAAGAUUUGGGCUUGGCAAUUCAAAUGAUGCUUCCUUCUCAAAAAUAGACAUCAGUGGUACCAUUACGCAUGAUGGAAGCUUGAAAAAUGACUUUUUGAAUCCUCUGGAGCGAAGAGUAAUGAAUUGGCAUUUUGCUCAUACGGAAUAUGGUUGCGCUGCUGUCCUCAAGGAAGUUUCGCUACCUAACUGGAAUCAAGAUGAGUUAUAUGGCGGCUUUGGAGGGCCACAUGCUAUGAUUAAGGGUGGUUAUAGCAAAGUUGUUGAGUCGCUUGCCGAAGGACUUGACAUUCGCUUGAACAAAGUAGUUUCUGAGGUAUCCUAUGCCUCUGAAGUAUCUGCGAUGCAUAACAGCAAGCAUAAAGUCAAAGUUAGUACAUCAAAUGGCUGUGAGUAUCUUGGAGAUGCUGUUCUGGUAACCGUUCCUCUUGGGUGCUUGAAAGCAGAAACCAUUAAAUUUUCACCACCCUUGCCCGACUGGAAAUAUUCAUCUAUCAAACAACUUGGUUUUGGAGUUCUAAAUAAAGUUGUAUUUUGGGAUGAUAGCCUGGAUUAUUUUGGGGCAACUGCUGAGGAAACAGAUCAAAGAGGUGAGUGCUUUAUGUUUUGGAAUGUAAAAAAAACUGUUGGUGCUCCUGUUCUGAUAGCUUUGGUGGUUGGGAAGGCUGCUUUUGAAUCUAAAGACAAGAGUAAGUCUGAGCAUGUGAACCAUGCAAUGAUGGUUCUUCGUAAGCUUUUUGGUGGGGAUCUGGUGCCUGAUCCUGUUGCUUCGGUAGUUACUGACUGGGGCACUGAUCCUUACAGUUAUGGUGCAUACUCAUAUGUUGCUAUUGGUGCUUCUGGUGAAGAUUAUGAUGUACUAGGAAGGCCUGUUCAGAAUUGUUUGUUUUUUGCUGGUGAAGCAACAUGCAAAGAGCAUCCCGACACUGUUGGUGGUGCAAUGAUGACUGGAGUCCGAGAAGCUGUGCGUAUAAUGGAUAUAUUUAGAAGUGGAAAUGAUUACACAGCCGAAAUAGAAACACUAGAAAAGGCGCAGAGGAAAUCUGUAUCUGUAAGGGAUGAAGUCAGCGACCUGAUAAAGAGGCUUGACGUUGUUGAGCUGUCUAAUGUGUUGGCCAGGCAAUCAUUGCUUCGGAAUAUGUUCUUCUCUGCUAAAACAACUGUUGGGCGUUUGCAUUUAGCCAAGGAGUUGCUUAACCUACCUGGUGAAACCUUGAAAUCCUUUGCAGGAACAAAAGAAGGGCUUGCAGUGCUGAACUCUUGGAUCCUGGAUUCGAUGGGGAAGAAUGGAACCCAGCUAUUACGUCACUGUGUACAUAUUCUUGUUCGAGUUACGAGUGAUCUCUUUGCCGUGAGGCUCUCAGGCAUUGGGAAGACUGUGAAAGAAAAGGUUUGUGCACACACUAGCCGUGAUAUCCGUGCCAUUGCAAGUCAGCUUGUUAAUGUGUGGUUGGAACUAUACCGGAAAGAAAAAGCUAAUAGUGAAAUGAAAUCAUUGAGACAAACACAUACUACAAAUAUCUCUAGGAUAAGAAGAAAGCUGAAUAGCGAGGAUACAGACAGUAAAGGAAAGCUGAGUAAUGGCAACGAUGUGAAAACAGAUGGAGAGCUUGAGGACAACCAGCUACCUAUGUCAGAGGAAGAAAAGGCUGUAUUUGCCGCAGCUGAGGCUGCUCGUGCAGCAGCUGAAGCAGCUGCAAAGGCAAUGAAAUUCAUUGAUGGAUGCUUGCUGAAUGUGUUUAUUUUAUCGGAGGACUGGAAUGCAUUUUCUGAGGCCUAUAACAGUACUUCAUUGCAGCUUCCUAAGAUUCCCUCGUUUCAUAAAUUUGCCAGGCGAGAACAGUAUGCAAAGAUGGACGAAUCUGAUUUCAGGAAAAAGUUUCCCGGCAAUGUCUUAGCAAGACAAGAUUGUGUGUCAGAGAUAGACUCUAGGAACUGCAAAGUUCGGGACUGGUAUGAUUUUCCUGCCUCAUGUCUAGACCUUGACAGUUCAAGGAUUCCAGUUGAUAACUGCUCACAGCGUAGCCAUUCGAAUGAGGUUGUAUCUCAUUCAAGGUUCAGAGAAUGUUCUGGAGAAAGUGGGGCUGCGGAUACCAGUAUGUUUACCGGGGCUUGGGUUGAUACUGCUGGUAGUAGCGAUGGUGUCAAGGAUUAUAAUGCUAUAGAUAGAUGGCAAUCUCAAGCUGCUGCUGCUGAUCCCGAAUUUUUCAAUCGUGCCUUGCAUAUAAAGGAUGAAGAAGAUUCGAUUGCAUGUUCGACAGGCCCUCCUAGUUGGAAGCAUGACCAACGAGCGAAUGAAUGUUCUAUGUCACAGGUUACAGUGAAUAAAGAGCCACAUAAAAGUCAUAAAGGUCAUAUCCGGGGGGCAGAUCGUUUGAAACAGGGGAUUGUAGAUUUUGUUGCAUCGUUGCUUAUGGCCCCAUAUAGAGCAAAGAAAAUUGAUAGAGAUGCAUACAAGUCAAUAAUGAAGAAGACAGCAACAAAGGUAAUGCAACAGACAACAGACGUGGAGAAGACCAUGGCUGUUCCACAAUUCCUCGACUCAAAGCGGAAAAACAAGAUUCGGGACUUUGUGGACAAACAAGUUGACAAGUACAUUGCGAUAGCUCAAGUUCCCAAACCUUGA